CGUCACCAACCCGGAAGGAGGCUCGCAGCAGAGUUGUCGCAGCAGCUCAGCUGAUUUUUCUCCGAAAAUUUCCUAGCAGACUGAAAUAGAUCCUCCACCGCUGCUGCUGUUGUUUAUUUGUCGUUGACGUUGUUUUGUUGUUGUUUACACUCUGCGUCGCCAUCAUGAACGUGACGCUCGCGGUGAAGCAGUACAUUUCGAAGAUGAUCGAAAACAGCGGGCCCGGGAUGAAGGUGCUGCUGAUGGACAGAGAGACGACCAGUAUAGUGAGCGUGGUCUACACUCAGUCAGAGAUCCUGCAGAAGGAGGUUUACCUGUUUGAACGGAUCGACUCUCAGAACAGAGACAGCAUGAAACACCUGAAGGCCAUCUGCUUCCUGAGACCCACCAAGGAGAAUGUGGAACAUCUGAUCCAGGAGCUACGGAGACCAAAGUACAGCGUCUACUUCAUCUACUUCAGUAAUGUCAUCAGUAAGAGUGAGAUCAAAGCUCUUGCUGAGGCUGAUGAACAGGAAGUGGUGGCUGAAGUCCAGGAGUUUUAUGGAGACUUCAUCGCAGUGAAUCCUCACCUGUUCUCCCUCAACCUGCAGGGAGUCGCCAGGGGUCGGAGCUGGGAGCCCUCCAUGUUGUCUCGGUGUACUCAGGGUCUGACCUCCGUCCUUCUUUCCCUGAAGAAAUGUCCAAUGAUCCGCUACCAGCUGUCCUCCGACAUGUCCAAACGCCUCGCAGAGAGUGUCAAGCAAAUCAUCACAAAGGAGUAUGAGCUGUUUGACUUCAGGAAAACUGAAGUUCCUCCUCUGCUGCUGAUCCUCGACCGCAGCGAUGACGCCAUAACGCCGCUGCUCAACCAGUGGACGUACCAGGCAAUGGUCCACGAGCUGCUGGGUCUGAACAACAACAGGAUCGACCUCUCCAGAGUGCCGGGGAUCAGCAAAGACCUGAAGGAGGUGGUUCUGUCUGCAGAAAACGACGAGUUCUACGCCAACAACUUGUACCUGAACUUUGCAGAAAUCGGCACCAACAUUAAAAACCUGAUGGAAGAUUUCCAGAAGAAAAAACCGAAAGAACAACAGAAGCUGGAGUCCAUCAGUGACAUGAAGGCUUUUGUUGAUAACUACCCUCAGUUUAAGAAGAUGUCAGGCACUGUGUCCAAACAUGUGACAGUGGUGGGUGAGCUGUCUCGGCUGGUGUCUGAGCGUCAGCUGAUGGAGGUGUCAGAGGUGGAGCAGGAGCUGUCCUGUCAGAACGACCACUCCAGCGCUCAGCAGAACGUCCGCCGGCUGCUGCAGAAUCCUCGUCUCUCCGAGCUGGAUGCUGUCCGUCUUGUCAUGCUCUAUGCUCUGAGAUAUGAACGCCACAGCAGCAGCAUCCUGCCGGCUUUGAUGGAUGAGCUGAACAGGAGGGGAGUGUCCGAGCGGCAUCGCAGGAUGGUGAAGUCGGUGGUGGAGUACGGAGGAAAAAGAGUCAGAGGGAGUGACCUCAUCACACCGACAGACGCUGUUGCCAUCACCAAACAGUUUUUCAAAGGCCUCAAGGGUGUAGAGAAUGUGUACACUCAGCAUCAGCCUCUGCUUCAUGACACUCUGGAUCAGCUGAUCAAAGGUCGACUAAAGGACAGUCAGUUCCCAUACCUGGGGCCCAGCAGUCUCAGGGACAGGCCUCAAGACAUUGUGGUGUUUCUUAUUGGUGGAACCACAUAUGAAGAAGCUCUAACCGUUUACAACCUGAACCGCAGCACACCUGGAGUCCGCAUCGUCCUGGGAGGAAGCACCAUACACAACACCAAAAGUUUCCUGGAGGAAGUGAUGAUGGCGACAGGUCACAGCGGUGACAGAGCACAGGGAAGUGGUCGCCAUGGCAGCAGACGCUAAAAACAACAACAUUCCCUCCUCUCAGUCUGCGGUCAUUUUGUGUUCAUGUGUGUUUAAAGGAACAGUUCAACAUUAUAUUCUGUGUCCAUGUCCCCCUCUGAAGUGUCUGUGUGGUUUCAUGUCAAACCAACUGAAUGUUUUAAGUUAAAAUAAAACACCAAGAAAUAUGA